AUGUCCGUGAGCCUGUGUGGAUGUUCUGUGGAGGAGAAGGAGGUGGUGUCUGCUGGAGGUGAAGUGAUGUAUGAAGAGAAGGAGCUGGAGGGGCAGGACCUGUGGGUUGUUUUUUUUUUAAGCCUGAGCCUGAGGGCGCUCACUCUUUUGCCACUCCUGCGGGAAGCAGCAGUCUCUUUGGGUCCGUGGAGUUGUGCUGGUGGGGAGCCUCACACAGUGGUUGGUGGCCCUGUUGGCACGUAUGUGGGCUUGUGCGGCGUGAGCGCUGCCCUAGGAAAUUCCUCCUGCUCCAGUGUGGCCAGCUCCUCCAGUGUGGCAAACCUUAGUGAAGGGCCUGUGUGA